AUGGCCAUUGUAGUUGCUAAUACCUUCCAUAGGGCCAUGGGUCAUGAUGAGGAAAAACAUCCAAUCCGUCGCAUUUUGAUCCCAAUCGUCAUUUUACUGGACAGAAAGCUGAAAGAUGAACCAUUGUACAGUCAUUCCAGUUUUGGCUUUGGAAGAGAUUUUGCGCUGGUCGUUUCUUCGCAAACAGCUCGGGCCUCUAUCGUGUCAAUUGUAUCAACGAUCGAGAUUGCAAAGGCGGAUGACAUGGAUGGCAAGGACAUUGGCGUCGAGCCGCAGUUUACAACGGGUGUUGCAAUGUUGGUCCUUCAAGUUUACAUACGGAUAUCUCGUGGCAUCUGA